AAUCAAAAUCACGUUGAUGUGUUAAUGACAAACCAUCGUGUCCGUUGAUAAUGUCAUAUUUCGUUAAAUGAAUGGUUGAGAUUAGAAUUGUACAAACUUUCAUGCUACAAAAGAAGUAUUGGCUGUGAUUUUCCUUUUUCUGCAUAUGAACCGUUUCACUGGGUGACUAUGUAGUCAGACUCAGACUCACUCAGACUACUUCUAUUAAUGGUGUUACGGCCUCUUCUUUCUCUUCUCCACACUGAAAGCAAAAAAGAGAUAAAAAUAAAAUUAAUUAAUUAAUUAAAAUUAAAAAGUAAUGAUAAUAACACUCCAUUACUGUUGUUGUUAUUAUUAGUUUCUAUUCUCGUAACCAAAAAUAAAUUCUAUUUAUAUUAUCAAACAGAAGAAGAGUUUCAGAGCAAAGCUGGUUUGAGCUGAGUUCGAUCAAAGAAACAAAUUUGGAGAAGAUUUCUUCUGGGGUUGGAGAGAUUUACAAUAUGGAGGAGAGACCUGAGACUGAGCUGAUAUCUAUUCCGGCGACGCCACGUGGUGUUUCAACGCCGGAGAUUCAGACUCCAACAGGGCAGAGGUCGCCUAGGCCGGCUUCUAAGGAGGCGAAGUCGUCGACGGCGUGGACACCGACGUCGUUCAUAUCUCCGAGGUUUCUUAGUCCAAUAGGGACUCCAAUGAAGAGGGUUCUGAUUAACAUGAAGGGUUACUUGGAGGAGGUUGGUCACCUGACGAAGCUGAAUCCUCAGGAUGCUUGGCUUCCCAUUACAGAGUCCAGAAAUGGGAAUGCUCACUACGCUGCUUUUCACAAUCUCAAUGCUGGUGUUGGUUUCCAGGCUCUACUUCUUCCCGUUGCCUUUGCUUUUCUUGGCUGGAGUUGGGGAAUACUUUCUUUGACCAUAGCCUACUGUUGGCAGCUUUAUACUCUGUGGGUUUUAGUUCAGCUACAUGAAGCUGUUCCAGGAAAGAGGUACAACAGAUAUGUAGAACUGGCUCAAGCUGCAUUUGGGGAAAGAUUAGGUGUUUGGCUAGCUCUUUUCCCCACUGUUUACUUAUCAGCUGGUACUGCAACGGCUUUGAUUCUAAUCGGAGGAGAGACCAUGAAACUAUUUUUCCAGAUAGUUUGUGGCCCGCUCUGUACAUCGAAUCCUUUAACCACAGUGGAGUGGUAUCUGGUGUUCACUUCUCUGUGCAUUGUCCUGUCACAGCUCCCAAACCUUAACUCAAUUGCAGGGCUGUCACUUGUAGGGGCUGUUACAGCCAUAACUUACUCAACAAUGGUUUGGGUGCUCUCUGUGAGCCAACAAAGGCCACAAAAACUUUCUUAUGAACCUUUGUCAAUGCCAUCCUUCUCUGCUUCAGUUUUUUCUGUCUUAAACGCUCUUGGAAUUGUUGCAUUUGCAUUCAGAGGCCACAAUCUAGCUUUGGAGAUUCAGGCAACAAUGCCAUCAACAUUUAAGCAUCCAGCUCAUGUUCCUAUGUGGAGAGGAGCUAAAGUUGCCUAUUUCUUCAUUGCCUUGUGUUUAUUUCCUGUUGCCAUUGGAGGCUUCUGGGCCUAUGGGAACCUUAUGCCUUCUGGAGGAAUACUGAACGCUUUGUAUGGUUUCCACAGCCAUGACAUACCGAGAGGGCUACUUGCAAUGACUUUCCUUUUAGUUGUUUUCAAUUGCUUGAGCAGUUUUCAAAUAUACUCAAUGCCUGUGUUUGACAGCUUUGAAGCUGGUUACACCAGCCGCACCAAUCGCCCCUGUUCCAUAUGGGUUCGCUCUGGUUUUCGAGUGUUUUAUGGUUUUGUCAACUUCUUCAUUGGGGUGGCACUCCCAUUUCUCUCAAGCUUGGCUGGUCUCUUAGGAGGACUUACACUUCCAGUCACAUUUGCAUACCCUUGUUUCAUGUGGGUUCUGAUUAAAAAGCCUACAAAGUACAGCUUCAACUGGUAUUUUAAUUGGAUUCUAGGUUGGUUGGGGAUUGCAUUCAGCUUAGCAUUUUCCAUUGGAGGUGUGUGGAGUAUGGUUAACAGUGGACUCAAGUUGAAAUUCUUCAAACCCAGUUGAAAUUUCUACUCAACUCAAUGCUGCCAUGUGUUGUUGUAAUAGGAACUGAACAAUAUGUAUUCAAUUUUGCUGCAAAUUUAUUACUGCGUGUACGUUAUUUAUUAUAUAUAAAUUAUUAUGUGUGUCCAUAUAUGUGGCACAUAUAUUGAAUGUUGUGAUACUAAAUUCAAUCCUAUGCCUGUGCUGCUGGCUUUUGUAACAGUAAUGUCACUUCCAUUAAAUGAAGAAGACAAGUAUCAGUACUGUUGUUUUGAGUCA